CAAAGAUUCCUGAAGAAACCAAGUAUGGAUUAAAGUACGCCGUGGCUAUUAAGUUCUCAUUGACAAGCGUAUGGCUCUUCAAAACCUUUAAGGAAGGAUUCAUUGCAACCUUUUCUGCAACAUCAUUCAUAGGCUUCAAAAAGGAAAUUCAAGAUAUCAGAUGUCGAAGUUGACUGAUCUGGGUGGUGGAGCUCAGCAGGACCGCGGAGACAUGGCAGCUAUCGAAGAGCUUUCGCCGGCUGCGGGCCCCGUGUCUACCCGACCCUUGGAGGACGAGAUCGAUGACGAUGAAGACGAAGAUCUGGAUGAAACCCUGAUGGAGAGGUUGUGGGGUUUGACGGAGAUGUUUCCUGACACAGUCCGCUCCGUAGCAGAAGUAUCGGCUCAGUGUUCCGUCUCACUGGCCAAAAAGUUUUACAGCUUUUCCCGAUCAGCCCUCUGGGUGGGAACUACAUCCUUCAUGAUCCUGGUGCUCCCUGUUGUUUUUGAGACAGAACGACUACAGUUGGAGCAACAACAGCUACAACAGCAGAGACAGAUCCUGUUGGGACCAAAUGCUGGAAUGUCUGGUGGGAUGCCAGGCAUGAUGCCACCAGCCCCUGGAAAGAUGUAAAGAGAAGAUCACAACCUGCUUCUGAUGUCAGCACUGGGAAGUUCAUGACCUUAGUGGAGGAGAUAAAAAAAACCCCACUGCUGAUGAAUAUGAGAAAUUGUCCCUCACAACUUGUGCUUUCUGAAUCCAGUUGACUGGGUCACAAAUUAUGUUGCGGGACAUGGCAUGUUUAAAAUCUUCUUUUCACUGUCUCUAAGUCCAUCAUGCUGACGGAUUUUUUUUUUCAGCAGCGCUGCUUUUUUCUUCUUUGAAGUUUUUUUUUUUUUUUUGCUACAGGUGAAGAUUGGUUAUCCACUUCCCCAAACCACCUCAUGUUCAUCAUUGUGUGUGCUGUUAAGAAAGUUAUCUCUGACUGAGUAAUAAAUGCGCUCUGGCUCACCUGGGAUCCAGUAUUAACUUAUUGGAACUUAUUGUCUUUCUGUCUUAAGUCACCAGCGUCUCUAGUUUGUACAUCAUGUUUGUACAGCACAGUGGCAGAUAUGUAGGUACAUAAAUGAAAGGAGUUCAUUGGUUGUUAAAUUGAUUGUCAGAUGGCCACUCAAAGUAAGAUGAAUAUAAUGUUGAUGUAGCAUCACACAUCUCUCCUCCUGUCAUUUUUUUCAAUCCUGUUUUGUUUAUUGAAUGUUCAUUGUUCAAACAUUAAACAUUUGAAUUAA